UCGAAGACACCGAAAUAACAUUAAUAGAAAAUCAACAAGAUUCAUCCACUGAAAUGGAAUCAGCAAUUGAGGCACAGUCUUUUAUGGGUUUCGAAAUCAAGUCGUCUGAAGCCAGUCUUGCUAGGCAAAUUGAGAAAUCCGAAAUAGUUACACGACCUACAAUCGAAGACACAGAAAUGACAUUGCAAGAAAAUCAACAAUAUUGUACUUCGGAAAUUGUGUCACAAAUAGGGAAACAGUCAUCAUCUCUGAGUAGCGAAUUGAAAUCGUCUGAAAACAAUCUGUCUGCGCACAUUAAGACAUCCGCAAUAGAUGCACGACGUACAAUCGAUGACAGAUUAAUGGAAGUAAAAGAAAAUCAACAAGAUUGUACUACGAAAAUUGUGUCACAAAUAGGGAAACAGACAUCAUCUCUGAGUAGCGAAUUGAAAUCGUCUGAAAACAAUCUGCCUGCGCUCAUUGAGAACUCUGCAAUAGAUAACCGACGUACAAUCGAGGACACAGAAAUGGCAUUACAAGAAAAUCAACAAGAUUGUACUACGGAAAUUAUGUCACAAAUUAGACAACAGACAUCAUCUCUGAGUAGCGAAUUGAAAUCGUCUGAAACCAAUAUUGCUGCGUACAUUGAAAAAUCCGAAAUAUGUACCCGAAGUACAAUUGAAGACACAGAAAUGGCAUUAAAAGAAAAUCAACAAGAUUGUACUACGGAAAUUGUGUUCCAAAUUAGGCAACAUACAUCAUCUCUGAGUAGCGAAAUGAAAUCUACACGACGUGCAAUCGAAUCUCUUUGUAGAAAAACAGAUCAUCACAUUGCCGUGGCAAAACAUGUCAAUGUAGAUUUUUCAAAUAACAAAGACAGCGAGAAUAGAACAUCGACGAGCAAAGACGAACCCCUAACAAAAUGCCAGGAUGUUCGUGAAAGGUUAAUACAGUUCUAUACGACGACGAAGAAAACUGUGUCUGUUUCACCACUAAGGGAGAGUCGUGACAAACCUAUCUGGGAUGUCUUUGUGCAACCGAAAUUGAGCAACGUAACAAUUGAGAAAGAUGGAACUCGGAAGAAAACGGAAAACCCGGUACACCAAUACAAAGCCUUAUUUUACAAAGACGAAAAGCUAAAUAGCCGUGUAUAUGUUCAAGGAGAACCGGGGAUGGGGAAAACUACAUUCCUCACUAAACUGGCUCUUGACUGGUGUGACGCAGUGUCUGAGCACAAUCCUGCUUACAAGGCUACAUUUAGUGAUGCCGAUACAUUGAAGGAGUUCCAGUUUCUCUUUCAAAUAUCACUAAGAGAUGCAACGGACCAGCGUGAUGUUAUAGAGAUGAUCAAAACACAACUAAUCGACAUGAUUUACACUGGUGAUAAACGUGAAGAGACCGUUAAGCUUUUACCACAUAUUCUGGAACGAGAGAAGUACAUCGUGACCAUGGAUGGGCUUAAUGAAUGGGUUGAUCGUUUAAAUAAAUGCGUUUUACCUUUACUUCCAAAAUUUCAUACACAGUGCGUAUCUGUUAUUGCAUCACGGCCAUGGAAAAUGGCUGAUGAGCGAAUAAAAGAUUCCGAAAUUAAUAGUUUAAUAGAAAUUGAAGGAAUAAUUGAUCCGCAAGACCUAGCAAAGAAAGUAAUAAACAGUCUCCAAACAGGUAAUGUAAAUACACACUCUGAAUUCAUUAAGUACGUUAAAGAACGUGAAUUGAUGCAUUUGUUGACGUCACCCUGGCUGCAUACUCUGUUAGUCAAUUUGUGGAUGAACAAGAUGGCAUUGAGUAGUUCGUUGUGUGAAAUAAAUUGUAUUUUACUUGACAUACUUUUCAAGAAUGCACAUGGGAAAAAGGGAUAUUUUCAAAAAGGGAAUUCGUUUCGGUGUUUAUCCAAUACACGUUUUAUUCAGCGGCAGAUCGAUAUUUUUGAUGCGCUUGCGAAUGCUGCGUUUAACUUUACGUUUUCAUCGAGCAAAUCCUUGGUCUUCACCGAGCGGGAAUUAUUAAAUUUCCUGUCAGAAGAUCAGUUGGAAUUUUGCCUCCAUGCUGGUGUUUUAACGAAAAGAUACAGCUUUAUUGUAACAGAUCAGGAUGCACAGUUUUCAUUCAUACACGAGACAGUACAGGAAUUUAUGGCUGCCUUUCAUAUCGCAAAUUCCAAGCAAGACUUCAUAACACAGUUCCGAAUUGGAUUUAAACAUAAUGUAUUAGAAAUGAGCCAGAUAAUAAUUUAUCUAUGUGGACUUGACUGUAAAACAGCUAAUAAGCUGAUUCAUUGUCUGGUUGACGGCGAGUUCCUCAAAGACAUAAGCCAUGGAAUGAGAAUAUACAUUAAGGGAUUUUAUAAUCAGCAACAUUUCAGGAAGACAGCCGAACGCAUAGAAAACGUUUUGAAAUCAAAACAUAAUCAAAUGGAUUCCAACGCACGUUGCUUCUUACUAUCAGUUUUGUUUCAGCGCAUGAUCAUCGCUGGAUGCAUUGAAGCCAAGGCGAGCGGUGAAAAGGAACUUUGCCUGAAUUGUAGGGACUUCACAUUUAAUACAAAUCUUACUGAGUCCGAUUCAAAUGCGUUAAAACUGCUUUUAUUGUACAACAGGUCAGAUGUGCGGUCACUUAUUUUAGAAAGUAACUGUCUUCAAAUAAGCGAAAUAUUGGCAGUCAUACACAAAUCCAAACAUUCUCUUGUAAAUGUUAAGAUAACAAUGACACCGGAAAUAAGUAAAGCAAUACAUCAUUCGAGCAUACAGGAGCUGAACUGUAUCGGACAAUUUGACGUAUCAUCAUGUUCCUGUGUUCUUCCGUCCCUGUCUCAAUUAACGUAUUUAAGAAUGGAAGACACAAGCUUUUUGGAAGACAUAGUUCUACCUGACACAAUACAACAAAUAGACUUGUCAAAAUGCGAAUGUUCAUUUGAAUGGCUGUGCAGCUUGUUGAUCACGCUCUCUUCAUUAGACCAUCCUGUCGAGUGUAAGCUGUGGAAUGUUGUAUUGCAGUCAAGUGAAGGAGACGAGUCACAUACACAUGCAUCGGAAUUGCGAUCUGAAAUACUGUCACAAAACAUGUCCAAUAUUGAGAUAUUCGUGGAAAAUGGCAGUAAGGAACUGUUUGAACUAUUACGUGAUACAAGUAUAGGGAUCCUUAACCUGUCGACGGCUGAUUGUGCCUCAUUAGCAUCAGAGAUUCUUCACACGCUCAACAGGCUAACGAAGCUUUUUUUGUGGGGGAUCUAUACGGGUCGAUGUGAUCUCAAGCUGCCUGCUUCAUUGCAGUGUAUAAGUCUUCAGGAAGGCGUAUGUUCAUCUGAGUGGUUGUGCAGCUUGUUGAUUACGCUCUCUUCACUAGAUCGUCCUGUCGAGUGUGAUCUGUGGCAUGUUGUAUUGCAGUCAAGUGAAGAAACCCGUGGAGACGAAUCAGAUGCAAAUGUAUCGGUCGUGCGAUCUGAAAAACUGUCACAUGACCUGUCCAAUAUUGCGAUAUCUGUGGACAAUGGCAGUAAAGAACUGUUUGAACUAUUACGUGAUACAAGUAUAGGGACCCUUAACCUGAUCACGGCUGAUUGUGCCUCAUUAGCGUCCGAGAUUCUUCACACGCUCAACAGGCUAACUAGGCUCUAUUUGUGGGGGAUCUAUACGGGUCGAUGUGAUCUCAAGCUGCCUGCUUCAUUGCAGUGUAUAAGUCUCCUGGAAGGCGGAUGUUCAUCUGAGUGGUUGUGCAGCUUGUUGAUCACGCUCUCUUCACUAGAUCGUCCUGUCGAGUGUGAUCUGUGGAAUGUUGUAUUGCAGUCAAGUGAAGAAACCCAUGGAGACGAAUCAGAUGCAAAUGUAUCGGUCGUGCGAUCUGAAAUAGUGUCACAUGACCUGUCCAAUAUUGCAAUAUCUGUGGACAAUGGCAGUAAAGAACUGUUUGAACUAUUACGUGAUACAAGUAUAGGUACCCUUAACCUGAUCACGGCUGAUUGUGCCUCAUUAGCGUCCGAGAUUCUUCACACGCUCAACAGGCUAACUAGGCUCUAUUUGUGGGGGAUCUAUACGGGUCGAUGUGAUCUCAAGCUGCCUGCAUUACUGCAGUGUAUAAGUCUCCUGGAAGGCGGAUGUUCAUCUGAGUGGUUGUGCAGCUUGUUGAUCACGCUCUCUUCCUUAGGUCGUCCUGUCGAGUGUGAUCUGCGGAAUGUUGUAUUGCAGUCAAGUGAAGAAACCCGUGGAGACGAAUCAGAUGCAAAUGUAUCGGACUUGCGAUCUGAAAUACUGACGCACGACCUGUGCAAUAUUCAGAUAUCAGUGGACAAUGGCAGAAAAGAACUGUUUGAACUAUUACGUGAUACAAGUAUAGGGAUCCUAGACCUAAGAACGGCUGAUUGUGCCUCAUUAACGUCCGAGAUUCUUUACACGCUCAACAGGCUAACUAAGCUCUUUUUGGCGGGGACCUAUACGGGUCGAUGUGACCUCAAACUGCCUGCUUCAUUACAGUGUAUCAUCCUGCCGAAAGUCAAAUGUGCACCUGAGUGGUUGUGCAGCUUGUUGAUCAUGCUCUCUUCAUUAGAUCGUCCUGUCGAGUGUGAGCUGUGGGAUGUUGUAUUGCAGUCAAGUGAAGAAACCGGUGGAGACGAAUCAGAUGCAAAUGUAUCGGUCGUGCGAUCUGAAAUACUGUCACAUGACCUGUCCAAUAUUGUGAUAUCAGUGGACAAUGGCAGUAUAGAACUGUUUGAACUAUUACGUGAUACAAGUAUAGGGACCCUUAACCUGAUCACGGCUGAUUGUGCCUCAUUAGCGUCCGAGAUUUUUCACACGCUCAACAGGCUAACUAAGCUCUAUUUGUUGGGGACCUAUACGGGUCGAUGUGAUCUCAAGCUGCCUGCUUCAUUACAGUGUAUCAUCCUGGCGGUAGUCAAAUGUACACCUGAGUGGCUGUGUAGCUUGUUGAUCACGCUUUCUUCAUUAGAUCAUCGUGUCAAGUGUGAGCUGUGGGAUGUUGUAUUGCAGUCAAGUGAAGAAAUCCGUGGCGACGAAUCACAUACGUAUGUAUUUGACUUGCGAUCUGAAAUACUGUCACAUGACAUGUCCAACAUUGAGAUAUUAGUCAACAAAGGCAGUAAGGAACUGUUUGAGCUAUUACGUGAUACAAGUAUAGGGAUCCUUAACCUGCCGACGGCUGAUUGUGCCUCAUUAGCAUCAGAGAUUCUUCACACGCUCAACAGGCUAACGGAGCUUUUUUUGUGGGGGAUCUAUACGGGUCGAUGUGAUCUAAAGUUGCCAGCUACAUUGCAGUGUAUACGUCUGCAGAACGGCCGAUGUUCAUCUGAGUGGCUGUCCAGUUUGUUGGUCACGCUGUCUUCAUUAAACCAUCCUGUCCAGUGUGUGCUGUUUGAUAUUGUAUUGCAGUCAAGUGAAGAAACCCGUAGAUACGAAUCAGAUUCACAUGCAUCGGACUUGCGAUCAGAAAUUCUGUCACAUGACCUGUCCAAUAUUGAGAUAGUAGUGAAAAAUCUCAGUGCGGAACUGUUUGAACUAUUACGUGGUACAAGUAUCGGGAGUCUAAUGUUGCUAAUUGUUCAUUGAAAACAGUUAUUCAAACAAAGUUGAGCAUGUUGAAAAAGAUUUAUUAACUUUGAACUUAUUUGACACGCUUUGAAUAUGACUUACCACAAUCCCCACAGUUCAUUAAUUUCAAAGAAGGCAAGUGCUCAUUGGAAUGGUUCUAUAGUGUCUUAAUCAAACUGUCUACAAUAAAACACCGUGUGCAAAUAGACGUAGAGAACUGCUUCGUGAUAUCGAGUAAUAAAACAUGUUCAUUCAAAAGAUGACGUAAUGCAACGGAAAUAUUUAACCAAAGAUAAAACCGAUGUUAUUGAUAGGUUGAUUACAAAUGUGUCUGAUCUAUCUGUACAGUCAAAUAUGUUGUCAUGUGACAUGUCGAACAUUGAACUUCGCAUCUUCAAAUUUCAUAAGGAGCGGUUUGAAAUGUUGCGAGAAUCGAGUAAAAGAAGUGUGCAGUUCAAGGCUUUUGACGAUGUUUCAUUGACAUUUGUGACACAAAACACGUUGACCGCGUUUAAAAAAUUCAAAUAAAAGUGACUUACUUGACUGAUUUUAAUCACGCAUUACCACCGGCCCUUCAAUUGAUGAUUUUACAAGAAGGAUUCUGUUCAUCAGAUUGGAUGUACAGUUUGUUGAUACAACCUUCAACGCUUAAUCAUUCAGUGCGCGUCUACUUAAAUGAAUACGUCGUUUAACAGAGGCGAGAGUCGAGUGAAAAAUACCCCGAUCCGCUCAUGCGAGGUGCAAAUUUGUCAAGUGUUAAGUUGGAAGUAUUUAAGGAUUGUCAUGGUUUGUAUGAAACUGUACCCAUAAUGCAAACAACCAGUCUGAACAUGACGAAAAUAGAACACGCCGACCUGCUGUCACAGACACUGCCUCUUCUCACCCACUUGCAGCAUCUAAGGGUAUGUUUGAAGAAAUAUGAUAUGGAGAUGAAACUGCCGGAAUGUAUCAAGUAUGUGUUUAUAAUUUAUACAACAUUGUCCCCAUCAUCACUGCACCAUUUCGUACAGAAUAUGUCUUCUACCAAACAUAGUGUACAGUGUAAACUGUUGUUCCGUGUAGAGGAGAACAAUGAUGAAUAUACGAGACUCAAGCAAAACUGUUGUAAAUUAAAAUCAGUUGAUGUUCAACAGUUUGAAGUUGUAAACAAACAGGGUACUGUUCUUAGCGCUGCUGCUCUUACACUUUCUGCUACUGCUGGUGAUGGCGAUGACAACGAUGAUAAACGAUUACUCUGACUGGAGAGUUACGUUGAUUCGAAACCGUGGAUUCACUAUUGUAAAAUUCGUCUGAACAUUUCGUGCACAGAUGACUUCGAAACCAUUCAGUCGCUAUUUUAAAAUAAGUCUCAACAUUUUGUACACAGUUACCUGUGCGAUUUCAAAUUCGUUUGUUAUUUGAUCGCUUUUUGUAGCAAUUUAAAAUGGACACACAGGUGUGAAACAUAUUGUGUAAAAUAUUAUUUUCUAGUUAUAAAGUCUGUAU